ACUGAGUGUAGUGUAUAUCAGUAUUGAUUCAUACUGUAUGCCAGGGUAGCACCGGAGGAAUGGCCGGAAAAAUCCUCCUCUUCCAUCCCACCUACAUCCCUCCGCCGCCGGCGCGGCGGUCCAUCGUCGCCUCCCGCAACGCCGCCUCCCAGAUUCCAGAUACUCACACCCCAUCAUUUCAAAAUUCCCCACUCUCAACUUUUUCAUCUGACAAAUUUAGAACCCUGAAAACAAUUUCCCGGAAUCCAGCUCGAAGUGUCGUCGCCAGAUCGCAAUUGAAUUUUCCGAUCAUUUCUCCGCACGAUCAAUGGGGCACCUGGACUGCGCUUUUCGCCGCCGGCGCUUUCGGCAUAUGGUCGGAAAAAACAAAGAUUGGGAGCGCAUUGAGUGGUGCAUUAGUGAGUACUUUGGUGGGUCUGGCAGCAAGUAAUUUGGGAAUUAUAGCAAGUGAAACGGCAGCUUAUAACGUCGUUUUGGAAUUUCUUCUGCCAUUAGCAGUUCCUCUGCUUCUGUAUAGAGCCGAUAUGCGCCGUGUAAUAAAGUCAACCGGCACACUUCUGUUAGCUUUCUUGCUUGGAUCAGUUGCUACAACAGUGGGUACUCUUGUAGCUUACUUUCUUGUGCCGAUGCGAUCACUCGGUCAAGACGGUUGGAAAAUAGCAGCUGCUCUAAUGGGAAGGCAUAUCGGUGGAGCUGUCAAUUACGUCGCUAUAUCCGAAGCCCUCGGUGUAUCUCCUUCAGUAUUAGCUGCCGGGCUAGCAGCAGAUAAUGUUAUUUGUGCAAUAUACUUCACCACUUUAUUUGCUUUGGCAUCUAAAAUACCCUCCGAAUCGUCAUCUCCAACACCUGGUAUUAAUGAAGAAUCGGAAUCGGAUAAUAAACUACCUGUACUGCAAACUGCAACUGCCGUCGCCGUAUCGUUCAUUAUAUGCAAAAUCGCCACUGUCUUGACAAAGCAUUUUGGGAUACAAGGAGGUACACUUCCAGCCAUAACAGCUAUCGUUGUUGUACUAGCAACCUCGUUUCCGAAUCAGUUCGCUUACCUGGCGCCAUCUGGCGAAGCUAUGGCACUGAUACUAAUGCAGGUGUUUUUUGCUGUGAUUGGUGCGAGUGGGAGCAUAAGGAAUGUGAUAACAACAGCACCGAGUAUAUUCUUGUUUGCCCUAAUCCAGAUUGGGGUACAUUUGGCUGUGAUUUUAGGAUUGGGGAAGUUGUUUAGGUUUGAUCUGAGGCUAUUGCUUUUGGCGUCGAACGCUAACGUCGGGGGCCCCACAACAGCUUGUGGAAUGGCGACCGCAAAAGGAUGGACUUCACUAAUUGUGCCUGGUAUUCUUGCUGGCAUAUUUGGGAUUGCAAUUGCUACUUUUCUUGGCAUUGCUUUCGGACAAGCUGUUCUUAGAUUUAUGUGAAGGAUUCAAUCAAUUUCAUUUGCCUUUGCUUUCUAGGAUAUAUUUAUUACAUUGAUUGAUUGGGGUUUUAUUCAAGAUUGGUCAGGCCCAAUUCGGACACGUGGCCCAUAGCCCACAAAAUUCCGAAUUUUAUUUAUUUAUUUUAGUAUCAAGAAUUUCAAUUUUGGAAUCUAA